UUCCAGCUAUGAUAACCUCCUAUCCAAAUACCACCUUGGCAACACAAGGUCAAAAGAAGGAAAUGAGCUGCACGGCACAUGGAGAGAAACCCAUCAUAGUCCGUUGGGAAAAAGAAGACCGAAUCAUUAACCCUGAAAUGUCCCGUUACCUUGUUUCCACCAAGGAAGUUGGAGAUGAAGUGAUCUCUACUCUGCAGAUUUUGCCAACUGUGCGUGAAGAUUCUGGCUUCUUUUCCUGCCAUGCCAUCAAUUCUUAUGGGGAGGAUCGUGGAAUAAUUCAGCUCACUGUGCAAGAGCCCCCCGACCCUCCUGAAAUAGAAAUCCGAGAGGUGCGAGCGCGCAGUAUUGCCCUCAGAUGGACCAUGGGAUUCGAUGGAAACAGCCCAAUCACCGGCUACGAUAUCGAGUGCAAGAACAAGUCGGACUCUUGGGAUUCUGUUCAGAGAACCAAAGAUGUUUCCCCUCAGCUGAACCAAGCCACUAUCAUCGACCUCCACCCUUCCUCAACUUACAACAUUCGCAUGUAUGCCAAGAAUCGCAUCGGCAAGAGUGAGGCCAGCAAUGAGCUCACCAUCACUACUGAUGAAGCAGCUCCUGAUGGUCCACCUCAGGAUGUCCAGCUUGAACCUAUAUCUUCCCAAAGCAUUAGGGUCACCUGGAAGGCUCCAAAGAAGCACUUGCAAAAUGGAAUUAUUCGUGGAUACCAGAUAGGUUAUCGGGAGUACAGUGCAGGGGGCAAUUUCCAGUUCAACAUCAUCAGUAUUGAUACCACUGGGGACAGUGAAGUUUAUACGCUGAAUAACCUGAAAAAAUUCACCCAGUAUGGCAUGGUAGUCCAGGCUUGUAACCGGGCUGGAAUAGGACCUUCUUCUCAGGAAAUCAUCACCACUACUCUUGAGGAUGUGCCCAGUUGCCCUCCAGGGAAUGUGCAUGCCACUGCCACAUCACCAGAAACCAUCUCUAUUUCUUGGUCAACGUUGGCGAAAGAAACCCUGAAUGGGAUUCUGCAAGGAUUCAGGGUUAUCUACUGGGCCAAUCUCUUGGACGGAGAGCUAGGAGAGAUAAAGAAUGUGACUACCACACAGCCAUCACUGGAGCUUGAUGGCCUGGAAAAAUACACCAACUACAGCAUUCAGGUGUUGGCUUUUACAAGAGCUGGAGAUGGAGUGAGAAGUGAACAAAUUUUCACCCGCACUAAAGAAGAUGUUCCAGGUCCUCCCGCUGGUGUUAAAGCAGCUGCAGCUUCGGCCUCCACUGUCUUCGUGUCCUGGCUCCCUCCCCUCAAGCUGAACGGCAUCAUUCGGAAAUACACGGUCUUCUGCUCACACCCUUACCCCACAGUAAUCAGCGAGUUUGAAGCCUCUCCCGACUCGUUUUCCUACAGAAUCCCCAACUUGAGCCGGAAUCGCCAGUACAGUGUCUGGGUGGUAGCAGUGACUGCUGCGGGAAGAGGCAACAGCAGCGAGAUUAUCACUGUGGAACCACUAGCUAAAGCUCCUGCCAGGAUUUUGACAUUCAGUGGCACGGUGACAACUCCCUGGAUGAAGGACAUUGUCCUCCCUUGCAAAGCUGUGGGAGACCCAGCUCCGACAGUCAAAUGGAUGAAGGAUAGUAACGGGACACCCAGUCUAGUGAUGAUUGAUGGGCGAAGAAGCAUCUUUAGCAAUGGCAGCUUUGUCAUCCGCACCGUGAAGGCAGAAGACUCUGGAUACUACAGUUGUGUGGCCAGUAACAACUGGGGAUCAGACGAAAUAAUUUUGAAUUUGCAGGUACAAGUUCCACCAGACCAGCCAAGACUCACUGUAUCCAAAACUACAUCUUCCUGUUAUAUUUUGCAGUACUCGGAGGAUAACAGUGAGCAGUGGGGUAGUUUUCCCAUCAGCCCUAGUGAGAGGUCCUACCGUUUAGAAACGCUGAAAUGUGGCACCUGGUACAAGUUUACUCUAACUGCUCAGAACGGAGUGGGGCCAGGACGUAUCAGCGAGAUCAUUGAGGCCAAAACACUUGGAAAAGAGCCACAGUUUUCGAAGGAACAGGAACUCUUUGCUAGUAUCAACACCACGAGAGUGAGGCUGAACCUGAUAGGCUGGAAUGACGGUGGCUGCCCCAUCACCUCCUUCACCCUGGAGUACCGGCCAUUUGGGACAACAGUCUGGACAACCGCUCAGCGGACAUCCCUGUCAAAGUCCUACAUUCUGUAUGACCUCCAGGAAGCAACCUGGUAUGAACUGCAAAUGAGAGUAUGCAACAGCGCUGGCUGUGCAGAGAAACAAGCCAAAUUUGCAACACUCAAUUAUGAUGGCAGUACAAUCCCUCCACUCAUUAAGUCAGUUGUGCAAAGUGAGGAAGGGCUGGCAACCAAUGAAGGGCUGAAGAUGCUGGUGACCAUCUCCUGUAUCUUGGUUGGAGUCUUGCUGCUUUUUGUGAUGCUGCUCAUCGUGCGGAGGAGGAGGAGGGAGCAGAGACUGAAGAGGCUGCGAGAUGCAAAAAGUUUGGCUGAAAUGCUUAUGAGCAAGAACACCAGGACAUCAGAUACACUUAAUAAGCAGCAGCAAACACUGAGGAUGCACAUAGACAUUCCCAGAGCACAGCUUCUGAUCGAGGAGAGGGACACGAUGGAGACCAUUGAUGACAGAUCAACAGUUCUUCUCACUGAUGCUGACUUUGGAGAGACAUCUAAGCAGAAAUCACUGACUGUCACCCACACAGUACAUUACCAGUCUGUGUCACAAGCUACGGGACCACUGGUGGAUGUUUCUGAUGCCCGGCCAGGAACAAAUCCUACCACAAGGAGGAGUGCCAAAACCGGACCCACAGCCCGCAACCGCUAUGCUAGUCAGUGGACCCUCAACAGACCUCACCCUACCAUAUCAGCUCACACCCUCACCACAGACUGGAGGCUGCCCACCCCCAGGCCAGCAGGAUCGGUGGACAAGGAAAGCGACAGCUACAGCGUCAGCCCCUCGCAAGACACAGAUAGAGCAAGAAGCAGCAUGGUCUCCACAGAAAGUGCCUCCUCAACGUAUGAAGAGCUAGCGAGAGCAUAUGAGCAUGCAAAAAUGGAAGAGCAGCUGAGACAUGCCAAGUUCACCAUUACAGAAUGCUUCAUAUCAGAUACAUCAUCGGAGCAGCUCACGGCAGGGACUAAUGACUACACAGACAGCCUGACCUCAAGCACGCCAUCAGAGUCGGGGAUCUGCAGGUUUACCGCAUCACCCCCCAAACCUCAGGAUGGAGGGCGAGUGAUGAACAUGGCAGUUCCAAAGGCACAUCGGCCAG